GUGCAUACCUCAAAUCAAAAUAAUUAAUUAGAGGGUUGGAGGAAAAUGAAAAACAGAAAAUGAACCCUGAACAUAAAUUAAAAAAAGGAAAAUAUUAAAAAGAAGAAAAAAACGAAAAAGGAAAGCUUGCUGAGAAGAAAAGCAGGAAGAAAGAGCACAGCAUCCAACAAACAUCACCACCACCACGACCACCACCGCUUUAGUACUCACCAGUAGUUAGUUUGCUGCGGCAGAGCACAAAAUUUUAGCACAGUAUUUGAAGAGUGAGAACAAAGUUUGCAGAAACCAUUUUUAUUGCUUUCCUUCUUUGCAAUCCAUCUUUCACGUGACACCUGUGGUUUCUUUUUUUUACCUUACUGUCUAUCCAGAAGUGUGGGGAAAAAGGAAAAAAAAAAGGGGCAAAAGGAACCUUUUUUUUGUUCUUGUAAUUUUCUUAUUGUUGGUUUGGAUCCACUUGAUCUCUUCCAUUCCGGAUCCACAAGAUCCCAUUUUUCCCCUUAAUUCAUCUUCAUUUCACUUCAACGGGGUUUGGAAUUUCUCUGGGUUUUUGUUGGAAUUCCUGGUAUUUUAGUACUUGGGCUUGGUUUUGGUUUUUGGGUUCGAGUUUGACUUGGUUUGCCAGGAAUGCGAGGAAAGCUUUUGACUUGGUAAUUUCAUUGACGCUAUUUUCUUCAGUGGGAGUUGAAUUUUGUUGACUACGGUUCAGUUUUCCUGCGGCGGCUGCCGAAUUUUUCCCGGUGCUGCGAAUAAUAGCUGAAAUUUGUGGGCAUUGUGGACUGUUCAUCUUGGAUUUGGAGUGAAUUUUUUCCGUAAAUUGGAGCUGGGAAUGAGCUUCUUCAGUUUAAUGAGCUGGUCAUAUUGGUGAAUUUUAGUGCUAAAUUGGAUGGGUUUGAUUUGAAAUGAGAGGUGGGUUUUUGAUAUUUGGAGAUUACAGGGUCCAAGGAUUGGUUUCUCGAUGGCUUUGAGGUGGAUUUUUGAUACGGUGAGCUUAUUGUAGAAAGAUUUUAUUUCUUUUUGCUGGUGUUGAACAUGUGGUUCUGUAACUUGAAUUGGGGAUUCUGGAAGGAUUAGGGUAAAUAUUUGGGGCAUCAACGAAGAUGCCACCUUCACCAGCAAUGAGAUGCUCUCCAGGGAGGGAAACGAGGGCAGAAAUUCACAAAAGAGGGCGCAGUCUUGAAGGGGGGAUUUUGUUCAGGGAAAAAGACGAGGAUCUUGCUCUCUUUAAUGAGGUGCAGAGCAAGGAGAAAGACAGUUUCUUACUUCAACAGUCCAAUGAUGACUUUGAAGAUUUGUUCUCAAGCAAAUUAAGAUACUUUUCGGAUAAUAAGAUUGGAAUCAACAUUCCUGCUAGGGGAGGGAGCAGUAAUGACCUGUUGCUAAAUGCAGAAGGAGAUAAAAAUGACUAUGACUGGUUGUUAACUCCUCCUGAGACGCCACUUUUUCCAUCUCUGGAUGAUGAGAUGCCGUCAUCCAGCAGCGCUGCGCAAAGGGGCAGGGCACGAAGUCAACCCAUUUCAAUCUCAAGAUCGUCGACGAUGGAAAGGAGUCAGAGAAGUAGCAGAGGUAGUGCAAGUCCAAAUCGUUUAAGCCCAUCUCCGCGUUCUGGUCAAACAACUUAUCAAACAAGGGGCAGACCAUCAUCUUCAGGAAUGCAUUCGAGUCCGCCUUCUGUUGCACGUCCUGCUACACCAACUAGGAGACCAUCUCCAACUCCCGCUCCAAGGUCUUCUACACCCACCCAUAGGAGGAUUGGCAGUGGUUCUAGUGGCCCUGGAGUGCCUUCCAGAGUAAGGGGUAACUCCCCUAUUAAGGUGAACAGAGGAAGCUCUCCGUCACCCAAAAUAAAAGCUUGGCAGACGAAUAUUCCAGGGUUUCCAUCAGAGGCGCCUCCUAAUCUGCGUACCUCUCUGGGUGAUAGGCCAGCCUCGUACGUGAGGGGAUCCUCACCGGCAUCAUCCAGAAAUGGCUCAAAAUCUGGCAGGCAAUCAAUGUCUCCUACUGCAUCUCGAAGUGUUUGUUCGUCAUACAGUCAUGACCGAGACCGAUUUAGCUCCCACAGCAAAGGCUCAGUUGCAUCAUCUGGUGAUGAUGAUGUAGACUCUCUGCAAUCACUUCCCAUCAGCAGCUCAGACCACUCCGCUCCGAGGUCUACUAGCACAUUUUCAAAUGGCCGUGGGUUGAGCUCUCCAAAGAAGCCCACCAAAGUAGUAGCUUCAAGUUCUGCACCAAAAAGAUCCUUUGACAUUGCAAUUCGACAAAUGGAUCACAGAAAAAGUCCGCAGAAUAUGUUUAGGCCUCUAUUAUCCAGCGUUCCUAGUUCGACAUUCCAUGCUGGCAAAACUAGUGCUGCUCAUCGCUCUAUUGUAUCUCGGAAUUCUUCUUCAGUCACUACGAGCAGUAAUGCAAGCUCCGAUUUUGGUACUAGUGGGGCACAUGAUACUGAAGGUAGCGAGCAGAACCAGGAGGAUAUCAGUAGUGCAUUUGUGAAGGCUGUGGAUCAUUUUGUGCAUGAAGAAGAAGUAUUUGCCUUUGACAAGGGUGAUUCAACCCAUUCAGAACCUCAAAAUAAUGGGGACUUGCCAGAAUGUCAUGACGAGAUUGACCAUCAUCCUACAUUGAAGUCUGAGGUAAUGGAUGAUGAGAAGUCUGGCCAGAAUGAUGCAGCAAUGGUAACCUCAGUAGCUUCUGGGGCAGAUAACCUUGAAGAUAUGGUUAUCUGUGAUAGGUGUGGUUGUGGGUACCGUGUCAAUAAUGAAAUCGAGGAGGACCUAAAGCUUUGUAGGGAGUGUAGAGAUGCCGAAAUAUGUUAUGUUCUAACUUCUUUAUCCGAGACAGUGAUGGCUGGUGAGCAAUCGCUGGGUGAUUUGGUUGAUGAUUCUGCUUGUGUUGUGAAACCUGAAGUCUUCGCCGCGUGUGUUGUGGGUGACUCUGAAAGUGGUCCUCACAGUGAAGUCAGGCACAACUUGCCAGAAGCUUCCGAUGCACCAGGAGAGCCCAUGUUUGCCAGCCAACAACAUUCAGAAAAUCAAACAACUGUUAGUAAUAUAAAACUGGAUGGUGAGGUUUCUGGUCAGGACUUGCCAAAAACCAGCAGCGUUUUAAAUUCAAAGGUCGAUAUUUCUGAAGGUGGUUCUGGGAUAUCUGUUUUACUGACAUCAAACAGUGGAAAAGGGCCAAUUGUGAGGACUAGGACAUUUACUGCCACCAGCAUAACUUGUGAUGAUUUCUCUUAUCUAAGAGAUAGUGCAACCAGCACAAGAAGCUCCUGUGGUCAUGGGACAACCUCAGCAUCCUCAUCUGCGGACUGGGGCUCUGGUAGACAAAUAGAAGCCCGUUAUCAUAGGCAAGUAAGUAGCAAAAAGUCAGAUACGGAAAGUUACAGGUCUGAGAUGUACACUAAGCACGGACGAUCUGCAUCGUCCUUGUCUGGAGCUUCAACCCAAGGAUUCCAAGCUUCAAGUUUUGCCACAAGCUCUCAUGAAGGUCUACAGGUUUCUGCUAUCCAUGAUGAUGACAAAUAUAAUCUUGCGCCAGCACAUGUAGACCCUUCAUUGGCUUCAGAAAGUGUAGAACUGGACCAUUUGAGUAUUGAUAUUGAAAGUGACAGUAAGUGGAGAACAGUUUCUGAGUUGUCAAAUGAUACAGUAAUUAUCCAAAUGGUUGAUGCUACUACAUCAGUUUCAAACAUGGAUGAGGCUUUACCUGAGUAUUGUAGAGAAGACUUAGCAGAUGAUUCUUGUAGUGGUAUCAACUUCGAAGUUGUUGCAUCUUCACUUUCCGAGACUAGUAAUUUGGAGGACGAAUCUACGCCCAAUGCUGCUUCUACAGACAGGAUGGAUGAUUCUGCAGAAGCUCCCAACUUAGCCACCCCUUUGGAUGCUAUUUCGGAAUUGGAUUUUGAGAAUGAUCAUGCUGUUUCUCCUGAUUCUGUAUUUGAUAUUGCUUCACAGAACUCAAGAAGUAGCAUGGAUGACGACUUACGUCCUGAAUCAUCUCAUCCUCCCGAGUCAUCCUCUAAUGAUGUAGGCAAUUUGGUUGAAGGGUCGAUAAACCAAGAUUAUUCUCACAGCAUUCGUGAAGAAUCAUCUGUGGUGUUAGAGGACCAUGCAGGCAUUCAUUCGAGAAGCUUGACUCUGGAAGAAGCAACCGAUACCAUACUGUUCUGCAGCUCUAUUGUCCACAGUUUGGCGUAUGAGGCUGCGAACAUUGCUUCAGAGAAGGAAAACAAGAUUGUCCAUACAGAGGAGGGUGCCAAAUUGAUGGUAACCCUUGUCGGUAAAUCAAAUCCUGAAAGAAGGGAUCCGCGUGCCAGGGUCAAGCGAAACGCCAAGUCCCAUAAAGCUAGGCAAAGGCGGUUAGAAAUAGACUCCAAACCUCCUCCUGAUUCCACCAACGCUCCGAUGGAUGAGAAGGAAAAUGACAAUACUUCAACCCGUAUGGUUGGAGUUUCUAAUAAGGGUGGUGACAGCAUGAAGCCCCCAAAAUUGGAGUCCAAAUGCAACUGUACAAUCAUGUAGACUAUCAUCCAUGUAGACUAUCAUCCCCUCUCCUGUUACCCUGGCCGAGUCAGGGUUGCAAAGCUCUCGCCACUAUAACUAUAAGGAUGCAUCAUUUCUUGCUGCUCCAAUUGGGUUGAUUCCAUCUUCCUUUUUUUUUUUCUUUUUGGUUUUUGGCAAUUAGGUUCUGUAAGAAAUAUAUACAUGUUUGUCCAUUGUAAAGGUAUCGUUUUUUUUAGGCUGAUGAUAUAAUAGCAGAAGGGUUGGGGAAAAUUUGCCACUAUUCCACUUUGCCAUGUAUUCUUUAUAUAGUAUCUGGUGUUUUUUUGGGUUAGUUUCCAACCCUUUUUAAUUAGGGUAUCGUGUUAAUUCUUUUGCUCAUUGGAAACACUACCAUUUUGUCCUAGUCCUUUGUAAUUGUGGCUCAUAUAAUUUGAUUCAUUCUACUACUUUGUUUUCA